GGGCCAGAGGUUUCGUUUAGUUGUCCCUGCAGCUGGGGAAGGUAAAGCGGCGACGGCGGCUUCAGGAGCUGUGGGUUCCCCGGCUGGGAGCUGGGGGCUCGCGGGGAAAUCAUUUACUAUGUCACAGUAGAACAAAUAUGUGAAACUUCCUGCCAAUUUGUGAACAACUUGCUCAGAAGUUCUUCGAUGCCAUGUUCUGUGGCUUGCAUCAAAAAAGGAGUUUGUCUUCAUGAAGAUUCCUAACAUUGGUAAUGUGAUGAAUAAAUUUGAGAUCCUUGGGGUUGUAGGUGAAGGAGCCUAUGGAGUUGUACUUAAAUGCAGACACAAGGAAACACAUGAAAUUGUGGCAAUCAAGAAAUUCAAGGACAGUGAAGAAAAUGAAGAAGUCAAGGAAACGACUUUACGAGAGCUUAAAAUGCUUCGUACCCUCAAACAGGAAAAUAUUGUGGAGCUGAAAGAAGCCUUUCGUCGGCGGGGGAAAUUAUAUUUGGUAUUUGAGUAUGUCGAAAAAAAUAUGCUUGAAUUGCUGGAAGAAAUGCCAAAUGGAGUUCCACCUGAAAAAGUAAAAAGUUACAUCUAUCAGCUAAUCAAAGCUAUUCACUGGUGCCAUAAGAAUGACAUUGUUCAUAGAGAUAUAAAGCCAGAAAAUCUCUUAAUCAGCCACAAUGAUGUUCUGAAACUGUGCGACUUUGGUUUUGCUCGGAAUCUGUCAGAAGGCAAUAAUGCUAAUUAUACGGAAUAUGUGGCCACCAGGUGGUAUCGGUCCCCAGAACUCUUACUUGGAGCACCCUAUGGGAAGUCUGUAGAUAUGUGGUCAGUGGGCUGUAUUCUUGGAGAGCUUAGUGACGGACAGCCUUUAUUUCCUGGAGAAAGCGAAAUUGACCAACUUUUUACUAUUCAGAAGGUGCUAGGACCACUUCCAUCUGAGCAGAUGAAGCUCUUCUACAGUAAUCCUCGCUUCCAUGGGCUCCGGUUUCCAGCUGUCAACCAUCCUCAGUCAUUGGAGAGAAGAUACCUUGGAAUUUUAAACAGCAUUUUACUUGACUUGAUGAAGAAUUUACUGAAGUUGGAUCCGGCUGACAGAUAUUUAACAGAACAGUGUUUGAAUCACCCAACAUUUCAAACGCAGAGACUUUUGGAUCGCUCGCCUUCAAGGUCAGCAAAAAGAAAACCUUACCAUGUGGAAAGCAGCACUUUAUCUAAUAGAAACCAAGCCAGCAAAAGUACUGCUUUGCAGUCUCACCACAGAUCUAACAGCAAGGACAUCCAGAACCUAAGUGUGGGUCUGCCCCGGGCCGACGAAGGCCUUCCUGCCAAUGAAAGCUUCCUCAAUGGAAACCUCGCUGGAGCCACUCUUAGUCCCAUGCACACCAAAACCUACCAAGCGAGCAGCCAGCCUGGGUCUACCAGCAAAGACCUUACCAACAACAACAUACCACACCUUCUCAGCCCAAAAGAAGCCAAGUCAAAGACAGAGUUUGAUUUCAACAUUGACCCAAAGCCUUCAGAAGGCCCGGGCACAAAGUACCUCAAGUCGAGCAGCAGAUCACAGCAGAAUCGGCACUCAUUCAUGGAAAGCUCUCAGAGCAAAGCUGGCACACUGCAGCCCAGUGAGAAGCAGAGUCGGCACAGCUACAUCGACACCAUUCCCCAGUCCUCUAGGAGUCCUUCCUACCGGACCAAGGCCAAAAGCCACGGGGCGUUGAGUGAUUCCAAGUCUGUGAGCAACCUUUCCGAAGCCAGGGCCCAAAUCGCAGAGUCCAAUACCAGUAGGUACUUCCCAUCUAGCUGCUUGGACUUGAACUCUCCCACCAGCCCAACCCCCACCAGGCACAGCGACACGAGAACUUUGCUCAGCCCCUCGGGGAGAAACAACCGAAGUGAGGGCACUCUCGACUCUCGCCGAACCACAGCCAGGCAUUCAAAAACGAUGGAGGAGUUGAAGCUGCCCGAGCAUAUGGACAACAGCCAUUCCCAUUCGCUGUCUGCACCUCAUGAAUCCUUUUCUUACGGGCUGGGCUACACCAGCCCCUUCUCCUCUCAGCAGCGUCCACAUAGGCAUUCCAUGUAUGUGACCCGGGACAAAGUGAGAGCCAAAGGCUUGGACGGAAGCUUGAGCGUAGGGCAAGGGAUGGCGGCCAGAGCCAACAGCCUGCAGCUCUUAUCACCUCAGGUACAGCUGAGGGCCUUGACUGGAUCCGUUGGCUCACCAUGGGAAGGUGGUGCAGGGCUCAAUAGGCCCGGGGAACAGCUCCCUCCAGAGAUGACUGUGGCACGACCUUCUGUUAAAGAACCUUCCAGAGAAGGCACCUCUUCAUUCCAUGCGCGGCAAAAGUCUGAGGGUGGAGCGUAUCAUGACCCUCACUCAGACGAUAGCACCGCCCCCAAAGAAAAUAGACAUCUAUACAAUGAUCCGGUUCCGAGGAGAGUUGGCAGCUUCUACCGAGUGCCGUCUCCACGUCCAGAAAAUUCUUUCCAUGAGAAUAAUGUGUCAACCAGAGUUUCAUCACUACCAUCAGAAAGCAGUUCUGGAACUAACCACUCAAAAAGACAACCAACGUUCGAUCCAUGGAAAAGUCCCGAAAACAUUAGUCAUUCCGAACAGCUCAAGGAAAAGGAAAAACAAGGUUUUUUCAGGUCAAUGAAAAAGAAAAAGAAGAAAUCUCAAACAGAACUCUACAGGCAAGUUGUGAUCUGCCCGAAGUCGCACAUUCGGUUGGGAAAAAUAGAGACAGAUUCCACCAACGGGGAGAAUCCAAGCAUCAAGAAAUCCCUCUUUCCUCUUUUUAAUUCAAAGAAUCAUUUAAAGCAUAGUUCUUCUUUGAAAAAGCUUCCUGUAGUCACUCCACCCAUGGUGCCCAAUUCCGAAGGCCCCGAUCUUCUGACACUGCAGAAAGCCAUUCACUCUGCUAGUACCCCGAGCAGCAGACCAAAGGAGUGGCGUCCUGAGAAGAUCUCUGAUCUACAGCCCCAAAGCCAGCCGUUAAAAUCACUGCGAAAGCUGUUGCAUCUCUCUUCAACCUCCAAUCACCCAGCUUCCUCAGACCCCCGCUUCCAGCCAUUAACAUCUCAACAAGCCAAAAAUUCCUUCUCAGAAAUUCGGAUUCAUCCCCUGAGCCAGGCCUCUGGCGGGAGCAGCAACAUCCGGCAGGAGCCCACACCAAAGGGCAGGCCAACCCUCCAGCUGUCAGGUCAGAUGGACCCUGGUUGGCACGUGUCCUCUGUGACCCGGAGUGCCACAGAGGGGCCUUCCUAUUCUGAACAGCUGGGUGCGAAGAGUGGGCCAAAUGGGCACCCUUAUAACAGAACAAAUCGGUCUCGAAUGCCAAAUCUGAAUGAUUUAAAAGAGACAGCUUUGUAAAGUGUGCUUGGGGCGGGAGUAGGGGGGAC